GGAAUCUGUAAAGGAUAUUUCUCAGACAGAUCUUAAUGAUUUAAUUAAAACUGCUGUCUGGAAACCAGAUAAAGAUAAUAAGUCUGGCCUAACACCCAAGCCUUUUCUUUAUGAAACCCCAAAACCAGGUGAGCGAUUUGAAUAUGUUGUAGUUGAAAAUGAUUUAUUACAGAAGAUAGGUGAUAGAAUGGAGUACCUAGAAGUGACCAGACAACUUGGUAAAAAGACCGAUAUUAGUUAUUAUCUGAAUAGCGUUGUCAGCCUCUGUGCAUGUUUUAUAAAUUAUAAAGAUAUAUACCAACUACCACCCGAAGCUAUGCUGGAAGCCUUAAAAAAGUUAAAAAAUAAACAGGAAGGAAUGACAGAUAUUGUAAUAGAUGACUAUCGAUUUUUACAGCAACAUGGGCAUAAUGGAAAGGGAG